GAAGGAACAGAGCGGGUGCAUCAGUCACUGGCUGCUCUUUUGCACUGGUGUGCUGGGAGUGGUAAAAACUGGAGUUUGUAUACAUUGCCCCGCCCAUGUUCAUUCUCUCUCUCUUUCACUCUGUUUUGUUGGGGUACAACACUCCUGUUCCUGUGGGCCAGUCACUCUUUAGAUAUCUAACUCUCACAACUCACUCCUUUGCUUUCUCUGUCUCUCUCUCUCUCUCUCUCUCUUUGUCUGUCUGUCUGUGCCCGUCUUCCCUGUCUCCUGUUGUGCUUCUUCACACUGUGUUCAGAUCUCCCGCCCACUGUGCACAGCAACUCCUUAAGGAAAUGGCAUCCAAGAAAAAAAUUGGCUUCAAAUGUCGCAUAGCAGUAGUGCUGCUUCUGCUGUUGGGUAGCAUCGCCGCCCUUGUUGCUGUUGCCGUCAUACAGGACAUCUGGAGCGUUAAAGAGUACGGUUUAGAGUAUGGCAUUGUCAUUGACUCGGGUUCCUCUCGUUCCACUGUGUACCUUUACGAGUGGCCCGGGGAGAAGGAGAAUGAAACAGGAAUAGUGACUGAGACAAUUAGCUGCAGAGUGCCUGGUGCUGGCAUCUCAGAUACGGUGGUGGACGCUCAGAAGAACAGCGAAACAUGGAAAGCCUUUCAAGAUUGCAUGAAGACCAUAACCAAAAUCAUUCCAGCAGAGAAACACAAAACCACGCCCCUCUUUCUAGGAGCUACAGCCGGAAUGAGAAUGUUGCACCAGGAGGAUGAACAGAGGUCCGAUGAAAUCAUGACAAGUCUCACGAGUUACCUCAGGUCUUUGCCCUUCCACUUCCAAAAGGCCUCCAUCAUUACUGGUCAAGAAGAAGGAUUAUACGGGUGGGUCUCUGUGAACUACCUCAUGGGAAACUUCCUAGAAAAAAACCUGUGGAACGCUUAUAUACAACCAGAGGGGGCCAAGACAGUAGGAUCCAUGGACCUUGGUGGCGCGUCAACCCAGAUCGCUUUCGCUGUCCAGGAUGAUCUCAAAGGCCCUGACUACUUGCAUGUCAAACUGUACGGAUACCCGUACAAUGUCUACACUCACAGUUUCCUCUGCUAUGGCAAAAAUGAGAUUGAGAAGAGGGUUCUGGACAAAAUCAUACAGCUCGGGAAAUCACCUGAAAACAUCCCAAACCCCUGCUACCCUGAAGGUUUCAACAUCACCAUGAAGGCCUCGAAGAUUUACGACACUCCGUGCACAAACAGACCCAACAAUUACCAACCAGAUCAAGACUUCUUCAUGGUGGGACUCCCCGACUCGGACAAGUGCCAGAGCAUAGUAGAGUCCCAGUUUGAUUUCAACACUUGCUCUUCAGCCCAGUGUUCAUUCAACGGGGUUGAACAGCCACCAGUCACCGGAGAGUUCAUGGCAUACGCUGGAUUCUAUUUCACUGCAAGGGCUCUACUGUUGAACGGGACAUCGGAUAUCGAGCAGUUCAACUCCACAAUUGCAGAAUUCUGCCAUAAACCCUGGACAGUGCUGAAGGAAGAAAGGCCUUGGAUCUCGUCCAAGUUCCUCAAGACUUACUGCUAUUCAGCUCACUAUGUCUUCACCUUGUUGACAAAAGGUUACAAGUUUGACAAUGAAACGUGGAAAAACAUUCAUUUUGAGAAAGAGAUUAAGGACACCAGCAUAGGUUGGAGUCUGGGCUACAUGUUGAGUAUGUCCAACAUGAUCCCGUCUGACGUGAAGUACAUCACCCCCAUGGCGAAUCCCGUCUUCGCCGGCCUCAUCUUUCUAUUUUCGGCGCUGACCAUUGUAACUUUUAUCAUAGUUUCCAUCAUUCUCAUUCGCACCUGCUACUGAGAGAGUAAGUUACGGAGGGGAGCAAUCUGCCACAGAAAGCCUCGAGGGCUUGCAUAAUCCUGUAAGUAACUGGAGAGUGUUACAGUUCCCAAGAAAUGCUUCUCCUUUAAGCCUGAGCCAUUUUUAAAAAAGGUCUGUUUAUUUUUUACCUCAGGGAAGUUCAGUUGUCAUGCGGCCCUUUUUUUUUUUUUUUUUUAAAAGCUUCAUGGUCUAUAAUGUCGUUUUACAGGUGGGAGGCUGAAACAGUGGCUGCCCGGUUGUACACAUUAUGACGAAACAGCACCCGAAUAUGUCCCUGUGCAUAUUCUUAUUGUGUAACCUCAGAAUUGUGCAAUGUUGAAAUGGGAUUUUAUGCAGGUAGUGUACGUGCACUCAGAGAUACGUGAGCCUGCACGCGUGGUCCACUCAGGCAGACGCAUGAUGAAACUCUGUUUGUCCUUUUCUGUCCAUAUAAUUGCACUGAAUGCAUGUGUUGGACUUACAAAAUCUAUUAAAAAGAAUUAAAUUUGGCA